CUCUUCCCCCUUACAGUGAAUGUAACUCUGAAUCCAGACACAGCCAAUCCUGACUCCCUUAAAAUCUCUGAAGAUCGAAAAAGCAUCAAAGGACUUAAGCGAUUUGAAUAUAAACGUUCUGUCCUUGGUUGUCAGAUGUUCUCAUCAGGGCGACAUUUCUGGGAUGUUAUUGUAAGCGGUACAAGAGGAUGGUUUAUAGGGGUUACCAGCAAGCCAGUGAACUUUAAAGAUGUUCAUGCAAAGACCAGGAAGUGGCAGAUUUGGGAAUGGGAAGGACAAUACACGGCCCUCUCUCCAUCAAAAUGCUUUGAACUGGUCCUGUCUGAGAGGCCCACGAGAAUUCGCAUCUCUCUCAACUGCGAAGGGGGACAAGUGAGCUUCUUUGAUGCCAAGACCGCAGCUCUGCUCCAUACAUUCUCAGACACUUCCUUGGUUGGAGAGACCCUCCUGCCCUAUUUCUCUUUGCAUGAAGGCACCUGCGUGACACUCCUCUAACAGGUUAGGUAGCCUUGUAAAUUGAAGGAGUGGAUCAAUCAGUUGAUCUAGAGAGAAAUAACCUGACCAUCAUUUAAAUGUCUCUGAAUUAAAAAAAAAAUGAGGUGUCUUAGAAACUUUAUAGGCUUUAGCAUCAUGUCUUCAGGUGUAUGAAUAUUAAAAAAUACCUUAUCUUACAGCUAAACCCAUAAAUGGUUGUUUUAGAUGUCCAUCAUAACUCCCUCAUUUAUGUAUCAGGCUUGUUUGUUUAAUGUUUAGUUGCCAUCCAUG